GCGUCCCGCAGGGAUGUCGGGGACCCGCUGCCAGGCGCUGUACCCCUUCUCCGGGGAGCGGCACCGGCAGGGGCUGCGCUUCGCGGCGGGCGAGCUGAUCACGGUGCUGCAGGUGCCAGACGGCGGCUGGUGGGAAGGGCAGAAGGAGGACGGGCUGCGCGGAUGGUUCCCGGCCAGCUACGUCCAGCUGCUGGAGCAGAAACCCAGAAAGGCAACUCCUCAGCCAGGAGAAGACACCUUGAACGGGCACCUUCCCCCAGGCUGGCAGAGCUACAUGUCUCCCCAGGGUCGCAGGUACUAUGUGAACACCUUCACAAAUGAAACGACGUGGGAGCGGCCGAGCAGUGUGCCAGGCACUCCCAAGAGCCCUGUGUCACAGAAGAGUUCUGCAGUGAAUGGCUACUACGUCUCUGGGUCCCCUGUGCACCAGCUCGACUCGGGUCACACGAGCCUCCGAAAACCCAGUGGGGACCCCCAGAGCCCGGGCUCCCCGGCGGCGCCGCGGCGGCAGAGCAAGGAGAGCAGCCUGACGAUCAACUGUGUGACUUUCCCCCACCCUGACGUAAUGCCAGAGCAGCAGUUGCUGAAACCUUCAGAGUGGAGCUACUGUGAUUAUUUCUGGGCAGACAAGAAGGACUCACAAGGGAACAACACAGUGUCGGGAUUUGAAAUUCUUCUUCAAAAGCAGCUUAAAGGGAAACAAAUGCAGAAAGAAAUGGCAGAGUUUGUUCGAGAAAGGAUAAAGAUUGAGGAGGAAUAUGCUAAGAACCUGUCCAAACUGUCUCAGAAUUCCUUGGCUGCUCAGGAAGAAGGCACACUGGGAGAAGCUUGGGCUCAGCUCAAGAAGAGUUUAGCUGAUGAAGCAGAGGUUCAUCUCAAAUUUUCUUCUAAGCUCCAGAGUGAGGUGGAGAAGCCCCUGCUGAACUUCAGAGAGAACUUCAAGAAGGACAUGAAGAAGUGUGACCACCACAUCGCGGACCUGCGGAAGCACCUGGCCAGCCGCUACACGGCUGUGGAGAAGGCCCGGAAAGCCUUGACAGAGAGGCAGAAGGAUCUGGAAAUGAAAACACAGCAGCUAGAGGUGAAACUCAGCAACAAGACAGAAGAGGAAAUCAAGAAGGCCAGACGGAAGUCCACCCAGGCAGGGGAUGACCUGAUGCGCUGUGUGGAUCUUUACAAUCAAGCCCAGUCCAAGUGGUUUGAGGAGAUGGUGACCACCACUCUGGAGCUUGAGAGACUAGAAGUUGAAAGGGUGGAGAUGAUUCGGCAGCAUCUGUGCCAGUACACACAGCUGCGGCACGAGACAGACAUGUUCAACCAAAGUACAGUAGAACUCGUGGAUCAGUUGCUUCGGAAAGUGGAUCCUGCCAAAGACAGGGAACUGUGGGUAAAAGAACACAAAACUGGAGAUAUCCGACCUGUGGACAUGGAAAUAUAGACUGAUCUGUGGUUGGAUGUGAUGAGUCCACUGAAUUAAGCAGGCUAACGUUUGUUUUUAAGGGUCAGAAGAGCAUAGGGAAAAGGUUGUUUCACUACCAGACAGACACCUUGUAAUUUAUGCCUGUACGGGCUAUCUCUGUUCCAUUUAGUCAUUACAAUGGUCCUCGUUGUGCUAAGCCUUAAGCACCAGACAUUCCAGGGUGAAAAAAAAUCAGAUGUGUGCUUCCCACCAGAGGUUCCCAAUUGCACGCAGCUUCCAGGAGAAAUCUGCUUCCUGGCACAGAACGUGCCCUGUUCUCCAGUGACUUUGUGCUCCACCCCUUGCAUGAUUAUCUCUAUCCAGUAUGUUAGAACAGCAGGCAGAGAGCCUCUGGCCAGCAGGGAGAUAACUGAAUAUGAUGCAGGAGGCAAGGAAGUCCUGAUCACCAAUCCCAGGUCUGUCACUGACUGCUCUCAUGGCCAUAGGCAAAUCAAUUCACUUUCCUGGCUCCCCCAUUUAUAAAAUCUGUGGGUCCUGCAGCAAUGUUGUGUGGAUGCAUUGCUUUCAUAGAACAGUCUUUCACCAUGGCAGUGAAGUGAUGGCCCUUCUCCCAAAAUCUAUGGAGAGGAUUCGUGUUCUUCCUGUUUUAUACUCCCUCUCAGGGAUACAUAAACCCAUUUUCACGAUUUCUGUUGUCGGCCAGUCGGUAAGUUUGAAAGUGUUACCAUCACAGUUUUUAAUCAGGAAAGACUUGGUUGUACUAUACCUACCUCAUUAGCUGUCAGAGUGCCCUCAAUGACAGAAGGAGGUCGUAUUCCAAGGAAUAAAUGAGAUGUUUAAAAUUUUUCCUGCUCAUGCAAGGUGUUUUUCCACAGAAUCUCCUUAAAAACAGUCCUCUAAUAGUUUACUUGGAUUCAGGUUUAAAUUUCCUUUGUUGGUUUCUUCAGGUGAAUAUCACAGACUUUAGAUAUUUUUAAUUACUGGGCUUGUCCCAUUAAAUUUUGGCUUUUAUCUUUUUGGAGCCUGAUUUUCAAAGGUGCCAUGAAUAUGUGAUGCUAGAUUCCAUUCAGUGUAGAUGUAGGUGCCCAGCACUUCUGUACCAUGUGAGUUUUUUCUGUUACCCUUAACUGCAAACCACCAAAAAUUCAACACAGCUCUUAGCAAAUAGUGUUGUGUAGUUUGGAGACUGGUUUUGAAAAGGUAUUUAUUUUCUUCUGCUGUUAUUUCUGAUGGAGUAUUCAAUGUUGCUGUUAAUAUAUCUUUUCAGCAUUUCAUACAAUGCAAAGGUUCUUCAGAUUCUUGCUUUAGAUCCAGGAGAAAUCUUGAUUCUCACCACUGUGGCCUUUACUCAGUGUUUACUGUGGUCUUAGCUACAAUAUCCCAAACCACACUAUUUCAUUUGAUCCACACUUCUGCUCCAUUUUAUCUCACUGUUACUGUCUUUUUCUCCCCAGCCCCAGAACUGCAUCCUUCUUUUGUUCUGCUAUUCCAGAUUUUUGUUCGCCAUCCUCCAAAUGCUGGGAUUGGAUCAUUGGGAGUCAAUAUUCCUCUUUACAAAUACAAACUGAGACACAGAAAAGUCUUACCUGGAGCAUGUUUGUAACAUUGCUGCAGCGGUUAUUUUUCUGGUUUAUUAUUUCUAAAUUAUUAUUGCAUUUUUCUAUUGGUUGCUUUGUUCCAUCCAUCUCUUUACUAGCACAGGUUCAUUCCUGUCUUGCAAAUUCCUUUACAACCCAUCCUCUGCUGCCUCAUCAACCUUUCCAAACUCUCAGCAUCCUUUUGGCAGUGGGAGUGCCAUGGCUGCUGCAUGCUCAGGGUCACUGCUCCUGGUGUGACAUUUCUGUGCUGCUCUCCUUCUGCACAUUUGGGAAUUUGGACUCUAUUGGACUCUCUUUGGACUCUUUUGGGCUCUGUUCUUGGUGUUGGCAGAGCUCAAUGUGCUGUGAGCCUCCUAAGCUCCUGCACAGAGCACUGCAGCACCAGCUGAAGGGUUUCGUUUGCUGAGUGUCCUCCCUGGAAUCCUCUUCUCCUUCCUUUUUCCCUCAAGCAGGGCAAUUGAUGAUCUCUCCUUUUUAGUUUUUCUACUGAUUCACUCUGUCUUAUUAAUUUUUGGCCAUAUCAGUGUGUGCUUCUAACUCUUAUCUUGCACUUCAGAGGACAGGCACUUUUUUAUUUGUUAAGCCACAAGUGCAGGUUGAACUUGGAAAACUUCAGUGGCCAAAAUAAUGUGAAUACAUGAAAGCUGCAUUUCAGGUUUCCCCCUGUUCUUGGCUGUAUUGUAAAUUGAAAUGAGCAAUCUUGACAAUGCCUCAGCACAUUCUUGUUUGGAUUGCAAAACAAAGCUAGUUGUGCACUUUAUACAGUAUUCUCCUUAAUAAAUACCUGAAAUAAGUUAGAAAUUACACUUUAUUUUUCCUCUGUCUUUAAAGAUGUUUGUUACUUUACCUCUUUUGGACUGGAAAUGCUGUCCAUUAGCACAGGUUUAUCUGGGGACUGUAAUGUGUUUUGGUUCCUCUGCUAAGGUGUAUUUAUGCUGCUCUGAAUUCUUAGUUGGAGGGUUUGUUGUUUUUGGUUGGUUGGGUUUUGGUUUUUUUUUUGCGGGGGGGUUGGUUUUGGGUUUUUUUUUUCCCUUUUGGUUUUAUUUCCAGAUAGUUUUCCUGUUUCUAGUUGUUGUUUUUGUUUUUAUUUUUUUUCCUUUUGGUUUUAUUUCUAGACAGUUUUCCUGCUUCUAGUUCUUGGUCCACUUGAAAUGUUUCAGGGGUGUGAGCUGCCCAGAACAGCAAUUCUCUUGGUGGAGUCUGUAUCUCGUUUUCACUUCCAUGAGCAGAGGAGAGCACAGGUACUUGGCUGUUGAUCAUUCCCAGCCCCAGGAGGCUCUGGGUUCUGCUCCACAGGUGAGAUGCUUCACCCACAACACUCCCAUCUGUGUUCAGUGCAAGUUUUGCUGUUGCUUAUCAACAUUUUUCAUCUCAUUUCUUUCAAAAAAUUAUAUUCCCUCUUGAUGUGACCCUGCAGAUCAGAGUUCCCUGGCCCAUUCCCUUUUCUCACUGAUGGAUUUUGGAUAGUGAUGCCUUCCAGGUCAGGGCAUGCUGGAGUUCCCUUGCUUCUAACAGGCAGCAUCUUCAGAGAGGGUAGUGUCACAUUGAAAGGAGCAGGGGGUUCCUGCUCUCACAGGGAACUUUGGGAGUUUCAGCAUUGCUCUGUCUUCUGCUGGGUUUCAAAAAUGCAGUGCAGCCCAGUCUGUCUUCAUGCUCAUCCUAAACAGCUGCUUCUCCAGAGCAAACUCAGUGUUUUAUUGGAAUUCCAGCAUGUGUGGAUGGUGCAUGAUGCUGCUGCAGUGUAGCUGAGCAGUGGAAUGCCAAAGGAAGUCUCUUGCCUCCAGCACUGAGCUUGGGCAUCAUCUCACUUCAGCUGGCACCUCACACUCCUGGUGUGAGCUUUGGCUGGUUGAGUCACUGUGGGGAUCAGAUUGGCAGGGUUAUCUCACAUCUCUGCAUGCUCUGAGGUCACAGCUAGGUCAGCUCUCAGCUAACACUGCUUUCACUGCCAGAGGUAGAAAAGGGGGAAUUUCUCUCUGCUCCUUAGCAGGUAGCUCUGCUUGCCCAGAUCUGUUCGGCCACCCAUGUUUUGGGAGUGCUGCCACAUCUGUGAUCUCCCUCUUGGUCUGAGUGAUGCUGUCACACUCUUGUCUGUGCUGGAGGGUUCUCUGGCAUUUUCCAUUUCAGCCAGAGCCUUUUGGCCCUACUCUGGGCUUCCUGAACCCCAUGGCUUCAGAUCAGUGCCAGAGCUGGUGAGGUGCUUUUCCAGCUGUACCCUCAGCUCCCAUACAGAAUAAGAACUUUUUAUUCAUCAUCCAGACCCUCCUGCUUGUGUCUCCAAAGCACAGUUGAACAUCUUCAAGGUAUUCUUUCAGCUUUUUUCCUGCCAGAACUCAUUCUGGAUCCAGUGCUGUUGGCUGAUUCCUGCGGGAGUUGAUGAGCUGAGAGCAGUAUUUUACCACAUGGGUCAAAUGCACUCUUCUCCCAUUAACAGCAAGAUUCCAGUUUCUUUCUUGGAGCAAUAUCCCAAAAAGGCCUAAUUCUCAGUUUGCCAACCUGCUCCAGGUUCAGUCAUCUCUGUAACUCGCACCUGUUCAUCACUUCUAUGGGUUGGACAUCUUCUGAAUGACUUUGGUUGCUCCCUUAUAGGGACAUUAGUUCAUUAUUGGACACUGGAAUUGUAGAAGAUAGCUUUAAUUUUUUUAAAAUUUUAAAAUACUGUAACAGCAGUGAAAAUGACACAGAAAUCCCUGAUAUGUUUCUAGACUGCCUUUCCCCCUGUGAAGUCACUUCUGAGCUGCUGGGGGCCAGCUGUGCUCCCCCUUAUUGCACAGAUAAACACUGAAAUCACACUUGAGUGCCUGACAGGCAGCAUGCAACCUUGUGCACUGCUUCUUUUUCCCUUUAUGCAGUUUUUUUUUUUUUUAUUUUGUUGGAUUGGGGUUUUUUCUUUUCCCCUAAUAGGAAUUUUCUGUGGGGCAUUCACAGGAAACUUCUUUAUGCUUGUAGCAGUUGUAGUUUCUCAGGCUUUGUUAGAACUUCCUGGAAUUGUCCUUGUUUUUAAAGCCAUUAUUUAGUAUUGACUGCAAGUUAGGCUUCUUAUUUAGAACUGGGCAUUUUUCACCUGUUCUUUGGAAGUGCUCAGCACUCAGAGAUUUCUUGGAAUACAGCAGGGAGCUAAGAGGUAAGACUCUUUGAAAAUCAGGCUAACAAACAGAAAUGCACAAGCCUCUUUUUUCCUUACUUAUAACUCAAGUACAUGGAUAAAGUAAAUAAUAAGAAAUGAGAAAUAAUUAACGUGUAGCUGCUCUCUGUGCAGCUGCUGUAGUGGUUUUGUGUGGGGCUGCAGGCAGAACACACCUCUGGGGUCUGGACCCACAGAUGAUCAGCUGUAAAAGCUCAAAUCCAUAAUUCAGUGACCAAGUGGCUCUGCCCAUCCAUUUCUUCAUCACACACAGGGACAGAAAGGGCACUGCUUACCCAGGUGGGUCCUUCACUACCAAGCACCUUAAGAAAUCCAGACAAGCACUUUGAAGGUCCCCCUGGAAUGAGUAGAUGUGGCUUCUUGAUGUGGUUAUUGGAUGUUUCUUUCUGAACUGAAAGCAGAUUUAGUGUUCCACAGCAUCUCCUGUGCUCUGUCCACUAGUGCAGCCUGCUGGGUCUGCUCCCAGAGAUGGAGCAGUGUCCUGAGGGCAGUCCUGCUCACCCUGACAAUUACAUCUUCAAAAGGCAGUGUCAAAAAGGCAGUUUUCAAAAUAAUGAGCUUUUCAGUUGACAGCCCUCUCUGGAAAGCCUGCAGGCUGUUUGCUCCCCAGUGUGUGUUGAAAUAGCAGAGUGCUGGGGCAGAGCUUGCUGGAGCAUUGGCUCUGGGGAGUUGCUGCUGUGUGGACAUUGCUGCCAUCCUCUCCCAGGGAUGGGGAGCAGCCACAGGCAUCCAGAGGAGCCUGCUGGUCUCAUCUGUCUUAACAAGGUGGGCAGGAGCCACAGAUAAAUUCAGAUUAGAGCAGGAAAUGCUUACCUCAGUGGCAUCUCUCUCAGACCUUGAUGGGCACUGAGUGAUGAUGAUAAAUUCAGAUUAAAGCAGAAAACACAGGGCAGGAGGAUGGGUACCUCAGUGGCAUCUCUCAGGCCCUGGUGGGCACUGAGUGAUGAUGAUAAAUUCAGAUUAAAGCAGAAAACACAGGGCAGGAGGAUGGGUACCUCAGUGGCAUCUCUCAGACCCUGAUGGGCACUGAGUGAUGAUGAUAAAUUCAGAUUAAAGCAGAAACACAGGGCAGCAGGAUGGGUACCUCAGUGGCAUCUCUCUCAGACCCUGAUGGGCACUGAGCAGUGAUGAGUGAGGAGCCCAUCACUGUCCAGUCCUGCCCAGCACUGGCAGAUCAGUGGCUGUGGCUGUUCAGAGCUGUGCAGCUCACUCCAUGCCAGGCCAGCAGGUGCCAGUGCUGCCCUGGGGAAUGGAGAGGGGCCCUGCUUUGGCUGCCCCAGGUCAGGUGUGCUGAGCCUGCUGUGCUUCAGGAGCCUGGAGCACACGGCCCUGCUGAUGAGGCGCAGUGGGAAUGAAGUCUUUCCUGGCAGCAAAUCCUCGUCUUUUCCUGAGAACACUGUUGGAAGGAUAACACCCACUGCUUUGUCUUAAAAUAGAUUUUAUUCAUAUGAGUGGUGCAUCAUUCAGCUCUUUAUUUUCCCCUCUCUGUUGUUACUGUAGCCCUCCAUCGCUGAAGUACAACACCUUUAAUUUUGAAAUUUCAUAGAACAUACCUGUUAUUUCCAUGUGCUAACCGAACUUCAUGCUUUUGGCUGUUUUCUGAGAGGUUUACGAGCUUUUUUGGAGAGGUUAUUUUGGGUUUUAUUUUGGAAAUUUUUAAUCAGCCACCAAGUUUGGAAGUGUAAUAACUUCUUCUUGUGCUAGCUGCAGCUUCUUUUUCCUUCCUGAGUGUUUUUUUUUCUCUGAAGGGACCAACACAUAGCACAAUUCAACUUAAAUUUAUAACCCCAUGCAUUCCUCAAGGCAGAAACCUUUUGUGCCUAAUGAUGCAUCUGAGUCUAAGAAUUAUACAUGGAUAAAAUAUUUUGUAGACCAAUUUAAAAAAUCUUAGAUUAACCACAUAAUAAUCACAGAAAAAAACAUAUAGAUUUGAGACAUGCAAAUUUAAUUCCCUCAACUUACAUUAAGUUGAACUAUUUCAGGUGUGUCAUAAGAGACAAACUCAGUGGAUAUUCAGAAUAAAAGCUUUCCAGGUUCAGUGAGUGGACAGGACUAUAAUUGUGAAUAUAUGCAGUCUUUUAGGGCUACUGAUUUAACAAGUAACUGAGUAAUGGCUUGUAUCACAUCCCUAUUAAAAUUCUGCUAGUAAAUCCCCUUCAAGUGCCUCUUUAAAUAGUAUCUGCUACAAGCAUGUGAAAAAUACAGAUUUACCCUACAAAUUGCCAGAUCUCAGGAGCAGCCACAGUGCACAGAUCUGUUCAGGGUUCUCAGCCCUUUCCUUGCUCUGAAUUGUGCACCCUUUUAGGACAGCCCCAUCUCCAGGAGAGCUGCCUUUGGCUCUUGGAAUUUGCUGUCCAGCUCAGGCACCCUAAGUUCUCAAUGCUGAAAAUGGAAUAGAAAAAAUUGGAAUUUAAAAGCAACUGCAUUGAAACUAAUCUUUGGACCCCAUGGUCUCAGUAGAAUAAGCAGGGAAUUCUGCAUAAAAAUAGUAUGCAGUGAUGAUUUUGCAUAAUAGAGAUGUUACACUUUAUUGCAUAUAAUUAAUUAAUAAUAAUAAUAAUUUUAAAAGCCCACAACUUUAUUUUUUUUACAGCAGAGAAGGAAUGUUCUAGUCCUGGAAUUCAAAAGCUGAAUGUGAUUUCAGGGAUCUCACAUCUGCUAACAAAAUAAGCAAAGUCAUGUUAAUCCCAGAAUUUGGCAAUGGUUGACCUGAAAUCCCUUUUUCCUUGGGAGGUUUUCAAUGAAAUGGCUGAGAUUAUCAGAAUUGCCUAAGGAAUUUGGAUGUCCAUAUUCUUUUAGGUCAAAAACACUCUUUAGGCACAGCAGCCUCUAUCCAGUAGGAAAACAGCAGGUAUUGGUGUUGGACAAAAAUUCUUCCUUCUCCUUAGAUAAUUCCCUUGUUUUCUGCAACACAAGCAGUGAGAAUUCCCCUGGGCAGUUCUGCAGAUGCUGUAGCAGCAGGGAUUCACAGAUACCAGGCAUACACUAAAUCAGAGUUUUCUACCAAAAUUAAGUUGCUUAUUUGGUCCUUUUUGUGUAAGAUUUUCCUAAAUACUUCUAAAUUUCUAGGAAAGUUGUCUUUUGCCAGUACUAAUGACUUGUUUUUACAGAUGCUUAACCAAAAUUUUAUAACCUCCCAUAAAUUUUGGCUGACUAGACCCCUUAAAUAGUUUAUUUAUCACACAGCCUCUGUCUGGGUUACUAGUAAAUCUUGGAUCAUUGUGGAAAUUCUAGGAUGGCUUUUGUUCCCUAAGGAUAGAUGAAGGAAUCACUUACUGAACUUAAGUUGAAUGAAGAAAAGAUUUAAGGGGCAGAUCUUCAGCUUGAAUAAACUGGCAGGGUUCAGUGGAAGCUACUUGAUGUCAGCUGUGGAUCUUGUCCUUCAGUGUUGAAGGCAUUUCCUAUAUGUAAUUUUUCUGUCUUACUGUAAAACAAUUUCAUAUGGUUAAACUGUAUUUUCCUAUAUUGUUCUGCAAGUUUAUAUACACCAUAGUGCUCAUCUCAUCUCCUGUAAAAUAAACUGUACAGAGACACAUUGAGCAUGGAA